AUGGUGGAGCGGUCACAUCAAGAGCAAAUGUGUCAGUUUGUUUUCCAUUGCCAGGACAGAAAACAGAGACUGGGAAUCAUUUCAGAAAUAUAUCAGAGCAAAAGAAGAGAAAAUCUUUACCCCACACAGAUCCAGAAAACAAAUGAUUUGCUGCAAAAUUUCACACAGCUACUACUUCUACAAAAACCUUGCCCAAGAAGUUGGGAAACCUUGCUUUGGAAAAGCUGGCAUAAAUAUAAAGGAGAGGAGAGGGGACAUCUGAUUGAGAUCCAAGACUUAUUUUGCCCAAGUCAAGAUAUCCAGAAAGAGACACAACUUGUUGUAUUAGAGGGGGCUUCUGGCAUUGGGAAGUCAACACUGGCAAGGCAGGUGAGGAGAGCAUGGGAGGAAGGCCAGCUCUACAGGAAUCUCUUCCAGCAUGUCUUCUACUUCAGCUGCAGAGAGCUGGCCCAGUGCAAGCAGCUGAGUCUGGCUGAGCUCAUAGCAAAAGACCAGACUCUGCCUGCAGCUCCCAUCAGGGAGAUCCUGUCUCACCCUGAGAAGCUGCUCUUCAUCCUGGAUGGCAUAGAUGAGCCAGCAUGGGUCUUGGAAGAUAAGAAUCCCAAGUUCUGCCUGCACUGGAGCCAGACACAACCUGUGCACACACUGCUGGGCAGUUUGCUGGGGAAAUCUGUUCUGCCUCAGGCUUCCUUGCUGCUCACAGCUCGAACCACAGUUCUGAAGAAGUUCAUUCCUUCCUUGGGGCAGCCACGUUGGGUGGAAGUCCUGGGCUUCUCUAAGGCUGAAUGGAAGAAAUACAUCUACAAAUAUUUCACAGAGGAAAGAGAAGCAAUGGCAGCUUUUAACUUGGUUAAAUCAAACCCAGUGCUCUCAGCACUGUGUGGGGUGCCCUGGGUGUCCUGGCUGGUCUGCACCUGCCUGAAACAGCAGAUAGAUCGGGGAGAAGACCUCUCACUGACCUCACAGACCACCACAGAGCUCUACCUGAAAUACCUUUCCCAGGCUCUCUCAGGUCAUGCCCUGGGGAACCAGCUCAGAGCUCUCUGCUCACUGGCUGCUGAGGGAAUCUGCCGAAGAAAGACCCUGUUCAGUGACAGAGAUUUUCAGAUCCAAGGAUUGGCUGAUGGUGUCAUUGCCACUUUCCUGAAUAUUGGUAUCCUUCAAAAGCAUCCUGAAUCUCUGAGUUACAGUUUUGCCCACUUGUAUCUCCAGGAGUUCUUUGCUGCAAUGUCCUAUGCACUGGAGAAUGUGCCAAGACAUGGUUAUAUGAAUGUCGACAGAAUUGUGGAAGCACUAAAGGAAGUCUAUGGAAGACAUGACCUGUUUGAGGCACCCACUAUGCGCUUCCUAUUUGGUCUUUCAAGUAAAACAGGAAUAAGAGAAACAGAGAAAAUCUUUGCCUGCAGUUUGCUUCAGGAGACAGGGUUGUGCCUACAACAGCACAUCCUAAAGGAAACCCAACACCAUCAACAAUAUACUCUUGGUCUACUCCAUUGUCUGUAUGAGACUCAGGAUGGGGACCUCCUGACCAAUGUAAUGCACAUUUUUCAGGGAACAAGGGUGCAUACCUCAGUGGAUAUACUACAGCCAGUGUUCCAGACAAAUAUUAACCACCUGGUGGUCCAGACAGAUAUGGAACUCAUGGUGAUCACUUUCUGCAUUAAGUUCUGCCACCAUGUGAAAAGGCUUCAGCUGAAUGCUUGUGGACAACAGGGACAAACGCUGGCAGCCCCCAGUAUGGUUCUGUCCAGGUGGACUCCGAUCACUGAUGCCACUUGGCAGAUAUUCUUUUCCACUCUUGAGUUCUCAGGAAAUCUGCAGGAGCUGGACCUAAGUGGAAAUCCACUGAGCUACUAUGCAGUGCAAAGUCUCUGUAGGACACUCAGAUGCCCUAAAUGUCAACUAAGGACAUUGUGGCUUGUCAACUGUGGCCUCACAUUCAGGCACUGUGCGGACCUGGCUCCAGUGCUCAGUGCCAGCUCCAGCCUGACUGAGCUACACCUGCAGCUGAAUGAUCUGGGAGACCAUGCUGUGAGUCUGCUGUGUCAGUGGCUCAGGAAUCCUGCCUGCAAACUCAGAAUCCUGGGGCUGGACCAGGCCCCUCUCAGUGACCCAGUGAUUAUGGAGCUCAGGGCCCUGGAGGCAGAGAAUCCACAGCUGCUCAUCUCCAGCACAUGGAAUCCACGUGUGAUGGUCCCUACUGAGAACCCAGGUGGAGAAGGAAUGGAUGACAGCCUGACCUUAUUCAAUCAGCAGAGACUACAGUCAGAACACAAACACAUGGAAGCACUGGGGACUGAAGAUGACUUCUGGGGUCCUACAGGACCUGUGGCUACAGAGGUGAUUGACAGAGAAAGGAACCUGUACAGAGUUCAGUUCCCUGUGGCUGGUUCCUACCACUGUCCCAACAUAGGACUCCACUUUGUGGUGACGAGGGCAGUGACCAUCGAGAUUGAAUUCUGUGCCUGGAGCCAAUACCUGGACCAGACUCCCUUUCAGGACAGUCACAUGGUGGCUGGGCCUCUGUUUAACAUCAAGGCUGAGCAGGGAGCUGUGGCUGCUGUGUACCUCCCUCACUUUGUGAAUCUCAAAGAGGGAGAGGUGGACACCUCCUGGUUCUGUGUGGCCCACUUUCAAAAACAUGGGAUGAUCCUAGAAGAGCCAGCCAGAGUGGAGCAGUGCUACACAGUCUUGGAAAACCCAAGCUUCUCCCCAAUGGGAGUUCUACUGAGAAAGAUCCCUGCUGUCAGGAACUUCAUCCCUAUCACUUCCAACACAUUGAUCUACUAUCACCUCAAUGUCAAUGAUGUCACACUUCACCUCUACCUAAUUCCCAAUGACUGCACCAUUCAAAAGGCCAUUGAUGAAGAAGAAAUGAGGUUUCAGUUUUUUCGAAUACACAAGCCACCCCCAGUAGACUCUCUUUACAUUGGCUCGCGGUACAUAGUCUCUGCUUCCAAGAAGCUGGAAAUCAUUCCAAAGGAACUGGAGCUGUGCUACCGGAGCCCUGGGGAACCCCAGCUCUUCUCUGAGAUCUAUGUUGGCCACAUGGGUUCAGAUAUUAAACUGCACAUCAGAGACAAAAAGAAUAGGAAUCUCAAAUGGGAAGCCUUGCUGAAACCAGGAGACCUCAGGCCUACACAGCCCAUGAUCCUUACAUCCCCCGAAGAUGCUUCUGCCUUGCCACACUUUGUGGACCAGCAUCGGGAGCAGCUGGUGGCCCGAGUGACAUCAGUGGACCCUCUCUUGGACAAGCUGCUUGGUCCGGUGCUGAGGGAAGAGGAGUAUGAGGCAGUGCGGGCUGAAGCCACCAACCAAGACAAGAUGCGGAAGCUCUUCAGCUUCAGCCGGUCCUGGGGCUUGGACAGCAAAGAACAAGUCUAUCAAGCUCUAAAGAAAACACAUCCUCACCUCAUCAUGGACCUUUUUGAGAGGUCAGGUGGUGGCCCUGUGGGAUCCUGA